AAGUAAUACCUAAAAGCUUUAAUAAACAAACUAUAAUAAUAAAAUUUAAGCAAGUAAUGACAACCUUCUAUUAUUAUCUUCUUUUUUAUUUUAAUCUAUAUCAUCAGUCUUUUUAGCCAUUAAUUAAACAAAUUAUAAUUAAGUAAAUUAUUUCCGAUAUAUUCAUUAUUAAUUCCUUAAAGAUAUAUUCAAUAUAAAUUGUAAGUGAAAAGGAGUUUUUUCAAAUUAUAAUGAAAGAACAUAAAUAAUAAGUAGAUGGUUAGUUAUCAAUAAUAAAGGCCAUUACACAAAGUUGAAUUUGACGUUUACAAACAUAUGUUAAAUGUCAUAAUUGUUAUACAUAAUCGUGAAAAUAUAAGAUGUUUUCAAACAGGAAUUAAGUUAGUGAUAUGGCAGAAAAUAAAUUAUUUGUAUCUUUUGCGUGCCAAAGAUGCUCUCAAUCAUUACGUUUAGAUGAAUCUCUGUAUUCGUUUAGUGAACAUACAUCUGCUGAAUUAAAUUUACCUAUAUAUUCGAAUCCGGAAGUUGAUUUAGAAUCGCAAGCGACUAGUUUCGAUCACUACGUACCUCCGUGUAGAUUAUCAGAUUCUGGUAACGGAGCCAAUGGAUUCAUGCUCAUAUCUGAUGAAAACGAAGUUGAUUUACUCAGUCAUCAAUUUAAAGUACAAGCAACUCUAUUUGAUACACUUUCCGGAAAUUCUAAUAUUGACCAUCCACUUUGUGAUGAAUGUACUGAUAACCUUAUAAAAAUAUUGGAACAACAACUUCAGAUUGCGCAAGAAGACUAUGACGACUACAGCAGAUAUUAUAAAAUGUUGGAAAGUGAAAAAGACGAGCCGAAAUUGGCCGAUUUAGAAAAAGAAUUGAGCGAUUUGAAAGCUGAGGAAAUGAGAUUGUUGGAUGAAUUGAGUGCUUUGGAAAGAGAAGAAGAAGAAACUUUGAAUGCUAUUAAGGAACAGGAUGAUAUCGCGGAAAAAAUUUCGAAAGAAGAAGAAAGGUAUUGGAAGGAAUACACUAGGCAUAGGAGGGACUUUUUGGUUCUUGAAGAGGAAGGGAAAAGUCUGGAAUGUCACUUGAACUACAUAACCGUACAAUUGGAAAAAUUGCAACGAACGAAUGUUUUCAACGCAACUUUCCACAUUUGGCAUAAAGGCCAUUUCGGCACGAUCAAUAACUUCCGUUUAGGUCGAUUGCCUUCGGCGCCUGUCGAUUGGUCGGAAAUAAACGCCGCCUGGGGACAGACGGCGUUAUUACUAUCUUCCUUAGCGAGGAAAAUCAAUUUAACAUUCGAAAGAUUCAGAUUAGUGCCGUUCGGAAAUCAUUCGCAUAUAGUGUCUUUGGAAGAGCAGAAAGAAUUGCCAUUGUACGGUUCGGGAGGUUUUAAAUUUUUAUGGGAUACGAAAUUCGAUAGCGGCAUGGUGGCUUUCCUCGAUUGCCUCCAACAGUUCCAGGAAAAAGUGGAAACUUUGGAAAAGGGAAGCAAAUCAUUCUGUUUCCCUUAUCGAACCAACAAAGGUAAAAUAGAAGACAAAGAUGCCAGCUAUUCUAUAAAAAUUCAAUUAAAUUCUGAAGAACAGUGGACCAAAGCUCUAAAAUUCAUGCUAACUAACCUGAAAUGGGGAUUGGCGUGGGUGUCUUCGCAAUUUAAAAGUGAUGGAGAAGAAGUUCAAUCGGAUAAUUAGAAUUUGAAUGUUGUAGAUAAACGAAUUUUUUGCAAUACAAUAUUAUAAUUAUAUAAACUAUUUUUGUUAUAUAAACUAUUUAAAAUUAGAGUCUUGUGUACAUAACUUGAAGUAUGUCUUAUAUAAUUACCUACCUACCAAUUGUUAUUUUUAAAUUUAAUAAAUUUAUUUCAAUUUUUUUAUUGUUUUUUUCACACUCCUCAAAAAAUCCAUAAUUUUCCUAUAUUUUUCUUCAGAAUUCUUUGAAAGGUUGUAAUUUAGUAGUUUAUUGACACUACAACCAAAUAACUCACUUCCCCCACUAUAAUAGAUGUUCAUAGAUCCAUAAUUUUCAAGUGCUACAGACAAAUAACUCACUCUCCCCACGAUAAUCGGUGUUUGCAGAACGAUAAUUUUGUAGUACUACAGUCAAAUCACUCACUUUCUCCACAAUAAUCGAUGUUUGUAGAUCGAUACGUUUAUAGUGUUGAAACCAUAUCACUUAUCUUCACCAUAAAAUUGAUGUUUAGAAAAAGAUAUUUUACACAAUGUUAACUGAUUACAUCAAUCAAAAAAAGUAUAUUGGAGAAAAAACAAUAGUAUAUCGUAAAAAUAAAAAGUCUAGUACAAUCAGAAAUAACAGAAAAAUAUAAAUAUCUCUAUUUAAUUAGAGUUUUUCUGGA